GUACAACAGUUGUGUCAUUGCCUUCGGUGCGACGGGCUGUGGAAAGAGUCACACCAUCUUUGGAACCAACCAGGAUCGGGGAUUACUUCCCCGGAUUUCUGAGACGAUCUUCCAUAAUUGGAACAUGGAGGCCGGCCAGCAGAUGCUUGUGAAGGUUUCCUAUUUGGAGCUCUACAAUGAGAAGGCGCGUGAUUUGCUAAAGCCUGAGGAUCCGGACAACGGAAAGGCUGCUUCCUUGGAAGUUCGUGAGCACCCAAAGGCUGGCAUCUUUGUCGAGGGCCUCACACGUUCCGUGGCAUCGAAUGCUGAAGAAGUGCUUCGACUUGUGGACUUUGGACAUAAAAUCCGCGUAGUUGGUUCCACCAACAUGAAUGCGCAUUCCUCCAGAUCCCACGCCAUUGUGACGCUGCACUUGGAG